AUGUUUUGGAUCAAUGGGACGAUCCUUGAUGUUGAUCUAAGGUGGUAUUUUAAUGCAUGCCCGACCUGCGUUAGGAAGGUCGAGCCGCAAGGGGAGAAAUUUUGGUGCUUCCAUUGCAAAGAGGAAGUACCAUUUGCUAACACUCGGUACAAAUUGCACAUGUUGAUUAUUGACGACACGGGAAUAAUGCAAGUUCUUUGCUGGGACAAAGUAGCAAAUGAACUAAUUGGAAAAACAUGUGAAGAAGUUGUUCAAAAUAUGUUGAAGCAUGAAGAUGGGUCUGAUUUGCCGCCUGAACUGUCGGCUUUGAUGGACAAAGCCCUUUUGUUCAAAGUUGGAAAGAAAAAGGAUCAAUUAAGGCCGUACAAUGGAGCAUUCAUUGUUUCUAGAAUUACGGCUGAUCCAAUAUUAGUGAAAAGAUUUGGUGUUAUAGAAAAUGCUCCACAGGAAUGUGAUUAUGAGCAAGGUGAAAUAGACAUUUCACAAAAGCCAAGGGUUGAACCAGUGAAUGAUACAUCUAAUAGAGAACCAAAGAGAAAGGUGUCUGAGGAAGGUUCAAGCUGUGAUGAAGACAACAAAGGAAAGAAGAAAAUAAAGAUGGAAGAAAUUUAA